GUCAGAUGCUGCUCAAAAUGUGUCACAUCCUGGCGGAGCACCAUUGAGGGAACAAAGGAGCUGGGGAACCAAAUGAUGGGUAUAGCGUGAUAUCCUCAACCCUACAAUCAAGAUGUCAAAGCGGCCCCCCUAUGCCCCUGCCCCCACCCCGGCCCCCACAACACAAAUGCCCACCACCCCUGGGUUUGUGGGGUACAACCCAUACAGCCAUCUGGCCUACAACAACUACAGGCUGGGAGGGAACCCCAGCGGGAACAACAGGGUAAUGAACUCCUCAGGGAUCACCGUUCCUAAGCCGCCCAAACCGCCCGACAAGCCGCUGAUGCCCUACAUGCGGUAUAGCCGGAAGGUAAGCAGGAAGGUUUGGGACCAAGUUAAAGCCUCUAAUCCUGACCUGAAGCUAUGGGAGAUUGGCAAGAUCAUUGGUGGCAUGUGGAGGGACCUCACCGAUGAGGAAAAACAGGACUAUUUAAACGAAUAUGAAGCAGAAAAGAUUGAGUAUAAUGACUCUCUGAAGGCCUACCACAACUCUCCAGCCUACCUGGCUUACGUCAAUGCAAAGAACCGUGCAGAAGCAGCUCUAGAAGAAGAAAGCCGGCAGAGACAGUCACGUCUAGACAAAGGGGAGCCCUACAUGAGCAUCCAACCCGCUGAGGACCCCGAUGACUAUGACGAUGGGUUCUCCAUGAAGCACACAGCGGCAGCUCGUUUCCAGAGGAACCACCGGCUCAUCAGUGACAUCCUGAGUGAGGUGGUGGUGCCUGAUGUUCGCUCGGUCGUGACCACUGCUCGCAUGCAGGUCCUCAAACGCCAGGUCCAGUCCCUCAUGGUGCACCAGCGAAAACUGGAGGCCGAGCUGCUUCAAAUCGAGGACCGGCAUCAGGAGAAGAAGAGGAGGUUCCUGGAGAGCACAGACUCCUUCAAUAACGAGCUCAAACGGCUCUGCGGUCUGAAAGUGGAGGUGGACAUGGAGAAGCUGGCAGCUGAAAUGGCUGCUGCAGAAGAGGCGGCUCGCCGGAGGGCGGAGGAGAGAGAGCGGGAAGCAGCAGAGCAGGUGGAGCGAGCGGCUCAAGAAGAGCAACAGCCUGCCAGCGCCCAGGUCAAUGCCAACGCAGAGCAGACCUCUGCCAGCGAGACCAAGGAUGGAGAAGACAAGCCCACCCCAAUGGAGACAGAGUCUCUUGCUGAAGCUUCUGAAGGAUCUCAGGAGGCCGAGCAAGGCACACCUGCAGCAGGAGAGAAAGCAGCCCAGCCUGAGCCUGCAGAGGGCGCAACAGACGAAGGCACCAGCGACAGCACGGCUCCAUCUGAGAGCAGCUCCGGACCCCCAGCAGAACACCAGACCACCUCAGACAACACCCCUGAGGAGCGCCUGCCCACCCAGCCACAAUAACAUAUCCACACACUCUCACCUCGCUCUGCGUAGAGUCAUGUGUCCUCUAGGAUUUACCGGUUAAUCCUGUGACCUGCCAGUGCAUGCGAGUGAGAACGGUGAAAAUUACUUUUCUCCCCCACAUAAUCAUCAACAGUGACAGCAGAAUCUUAAUUCACAGAGAUUCACCUGUUUACUUGAGCUGAAGCCUGAUGUUACAAGCCCACUUCAGUCAUCUUAAGCUUUAUGGCCAUUUAAACGCCUUUUUAUCUUUUUAAAGCAGAAAUAACUUAAGCAGAUGUUGUGUAAAAUGUAGCUCUUUCAUCUUGCGGACACCAAAUGGGUUGUGAAAGCAGAACGGCAAGGUUAUUUGCUGUUGCCUUACCAUUCAUCUACCUGUGGCAUGGCCAUUUUAGGCUGUAUCUUUGUUUCUUUUCUUUUUUUUUUCACUAUUUAGUAGUAUUUUGUGGGCUCUAGUGUUUUUCUCUCUUUCUCUCUCUCACUCUAUUCAAGAUUUCUUUUGUAUAUUUUCUUAUAAAUAAAGCCAUGCUAACAUCUAUGAUUUUUCAUCGCAACAGAUUGAGCACACAGAGCAGAGGGACACUGUUCUGCUGGUGUCUUCAUGGAAUGGUAUUAUAUUAAGUCUCUGGAUUGUUGUGUUUUUGUAUGGUUGGAAGGUAUUCCCUCAAUAAAGUGAUUUCUAUGUCUGUUUUAAA